AUGCACAAUAGCUCCAUCACCACUUCGUGGUCAACGCUGGAGAUCUUCUCGCGCCCAGAUCUUGUCAAGGAACUCCUCACAGAGCAGCGGGAGGUGCUGGGCAGCGACGCGGCGAGUUUCAGCUUCGACGGCUAUGAGAAGAUGAAGAAGCUCAGAGCAGCCGUUAGCGAGGUCUUGCGGAUGCACCCACCGCUCUUCUUGCUGAUGAGAACGGUGGAGCAAGACGUGGAGUUCAAGGGCUACUCGAUCCGUCGGGGCAGCGUCGUUGCUUGCUCUCCCAACGUUAGCCACAUGCUGGACGACGUGUAUCCGAAAGCUGCUGACUUCGAUCCGCUGCGAUUCAUUGAUGGCAUCAAGGACCAGUGGUCCUACAUUCCCUUUGGAGGGGGACGUAGGGUCUGUAAAGGCCAGGAGUUUGGCUACAUGCAGGUCCAAUGUGCCAUCUCUCACAUGCUCCGGCACUACAACAUCGAGUGUGUCGAUGGCGUGCCUCCGCCCACUAUUGCUCAAGAUGGCAUGGUCAUUGCACCGACGCAGCCAUGCCGGGUGCGCUACACGCGCAAGUGA